UUUGGUGCGAAUAGACACAGCGAUACAGAUGGAGGUUGAAGUUGUUAAUGGUAUUGAAGGCAAAUCCAAGUCCAAACCUUCAUCAAAAAGGGUUAAGAAUGUUGAAGGAAACGAAGUACGCAAGAUCCCAGUGCUACGUCAUAGAUACACGCCGUUGAAAGAAAAUUGGAUGAAAAUAUUCACACCUGUAGUCGAGCACUUGCAACUGCAAAUUCGUUUUAACCUCAAAACAAGAAAUGUCGAAUUAAGGACAGCCCCAGAAACUCCUGAUAUUUCAAAUCUUCAAAAAGGAGCAGAUUUUGUUAAGGCAUUUCUCUUGGGUUUUGAGAUUGAAGAUGCAUUGGCUCUUCUGCGUUUGGAUGACCUGUUCAUUGAAACUUUUGAAGUCAGUGACGUCAAGCCUCUUUUAAAAGGCGAUCACAUAUCCAGAGCUGUUGGCAGGUUGGCUGGCAAAGGUGGGAGAACGAAAUUCACAAUAGAAAAUGUUACAAAAACAAGGAUUGUUUUGGCUGACACCAAAAUUCAUAUUCUUGGCUCUUAUCAGAAUAUUCAGCUGGCUAGGAGAUCGAUUUGUAAUUUGAUUCUUGGAAGUCCACCUUCUAAGGUGUAUGGACAAUUGAGAAACAUGGCAAGCCGAAUCGCAGAACGGUUUUAAAGGGUAUCAAGUAAAAUAUGUAUUUUUAGGUAUAAGCAAAACGUUGUUUAUUAUUAAGAUUUAAUAAAAUACUCGAUCUGUA